AUCAUGGCGGAUGAUGGUCGGUGUAGCAGAUAAACCAGAUAAUAUUUUACUGUUUGCCCGAUUUGCUAGGUAUACUGAACACCAAGCCUCAGCCGUUUUGUCGACGUCGCCACCCUCUACUGUGCAUUAUUGUUUUUACAGUUCAGAUGGCCUUGACCUCCAAUUGAUGUGCAUGGCCGGACUGUGGGACUUCGAGGAUGCGGCUGAAACGUACACACCUGGUGACCGUGGUCAUCGGUGUCUUUCUCUCCUGGAAUAUUCUCACGUACUACAUGCUGGUUUCUAAGCAACCAGGAAAAAUCACUGAUGUUCAGGGAAAAGAAGCUUUAGCCACACGGCUGGGUAAACUUGAGAAGGACUUGUCUAGUCAGCUGGCGGAGAACGAGGAGCUGCUUCAAAAGCUUCGCCAUCUCAAGGAGGAGGCAGACCAGCGAAAAAAUGUUCCGGCAAGAGUAAACCCUGACGAGACUCAUCCGAACCAGAUCGCCAUCUUGAUGAUAGCGUGUGACCGGGUGACUGUGAGCCGCAGUCUCGACCAGCUCUUAAAAUAUCGUCCAGCUGGUGACAAAUUCCCGAUUGUUGUCAGUCAGGACUGUGGUCAUCAGCAGACAUCGGAUGUCAUAGACGGAUACGUCAAGAAACAACUCGUGAAACAUGUGAAACAACCUAAUUUAUCCAACAUCAACCUUCCCUGGCCACAGAAGAAGUUUGUUGGCUACUACAAAAUAGCCCGCCACUACAAGUGGGCUCUAAACCAGAUAUUUAAAGUCUUCAACUAUUCCACAGCUAUCAUUGUAGAAGAUGAUUUAGACAUAUCACCAGAUUUCUUCGAAUAUUUUGCUGCCACGCACACUAUAAUGAAGAACGACCCUCUGUUGUGGUGCGUGUCUGCUUGGAACGACAACGGAAAGGACAACAUGGUGUCCGACAACUCCGAGCUGCUGUACAGGACAGAUUUCUUUCCCGGUCUCGGAUGGAUGAUUGAGCGAGCCACAUGGCUGGAGCUGGAGCCCAAGUGGCCAGAAACGUUCUGGGAUGACUGGAUGCGGCACCCGGAGCAGCGGAAGGGCCGAGAGUGUAUACGGCCUGAGAUCUGUAGAACCAGCACGUUCGGCAAGAAGGGCGUCAGCAAGGGGUUAUAUUAUGAAAAACAUUUAAAGUUCAUAAAGUUGAACCAGAAGUAUGUGCCUUUCACACAACUAGAUCUUUCAUAUCUGGAGAAGGAGCGUUAUGACACCGACUUUGUAAAGCAUGUGUACGAGUCCCCAAUGUUGUCUGUGGCCGAGGUCGUAAGUCAGAGCAAGAGUGAUUAUGGAACAGUCCGGGUGCAGUACAAUACAAAAGAUGAAUUCAAAAGUCUAGCCAAAAAACUUGGAAUCAUGGAUGAUUUCAAGGCUGGUGUCCCUCGGGCAGCUUAUAGAGGAGUCAUCAGCUUUAUGUAUAAGGGUAGGAGGGUCUUCCUUUCACCUCCCCCAAACUGGAGUCAGUAUGACCCCAAGUGGAGCUGACCAAUGACAGCACUUGUUAGGGAGCCUGCUAGAAGCAUCAUCCAAUGAAAACCACAGAGAGGUGAUCCAAGAAUACCAUGAACCAAUCAAGUGCUGUGUUACAUAUUUAGUGUGUCUGGGAGUGAAAGGAGUGUAUCCGAGGUUUCGUGCGGUUCUGGUGACAGUCAUGUCGCAUCCACAGCUCAGUGAAAUGAAUUUUUGUUGCUCGGGAGUUCCCACAUCAAGACUACUUCAACAUUGAUUUCACUUGGACUUGACAAGAGCUUGUUCCUGUGUACCAUUUUUCCUUCAUGAUGGAACACAUCAAAGCAUAAUGCACACUGCCCUCUAAGGGCUGUAGUAAUUUUAACAAAUAUACUGAGAGAAACAAAUAAAGGAACACACGAAAAUUCAAGCGUACCUUUGAUAUUUUCCAGUUUUUAUCACCAGCUUUGAAUAGCGCUUUG